AUGGCCCACGAGCCACUGCAUGGAUCAUGCUCCUGCGGUCGAAACCAGUACAGGAUUACAAUUCCUGACGAUGUGACCGACCAUGCCGAAGUCUACUUCGAUAGCAGCCGAGACAAUCGCCGAUUCCACGGUACCCCACUCACUGCAUGGCUGCGCGUGCCCCUUGACUGGUAUUCUUCACACACCGAAUCUUUCUUCCCAGACGAAACACAUUCUUCGAUCCGUCGUGCUUUUUCACCGGCCCAUGCACCGCAAACUCGGCGUGUGUUUUGCGGUUUCUGCGGAACCCCGCUGAGCUUUUGGACCGAAGAGCCCCGAGGCGAGGCGGAGUUUAUGUCUGUGGCGAUUGGUAGUCUAUUUGGAGAGGACCAGCGGCUUCUCGAAGAUCUCGACCUUCUCCCCGCGGACCUCGACGACGAUGAGUCUGAUGAUGAAGACGAGAACGAAGGCAAAGACGACAUUCAAGACGAAGUUUCUGGCUCGGCUGUUGCCCCACCUGGCAUCUCAUCGGUUGUUGUACCCUCCUUCGGUGGUUCGGGGGACCUUUCACGGAACUUCCGACACGGCACCCGGGAGGGUAUGCUAGGCGGCAUUCCUUGGUUUGAAGAGAUGGUCGAAGGUAGUCGUCUGGGACGCCUGAUGAGGGCUCGACGAGGCAAAGGUGUGAGUGAUGAUCAAUCGACGUCAAUAGAAUGGGAGGUCAGCGAAUGGCACGACGACAGUAGCGGUGGCGAAUAUAUGAGGCAGGUGGAAACUUCGUCCGGUGGACGCACUACUGGAAAACGAAAGCGAGGGCUCCAGGCCAAUGUAGACUCUCCGCAGAAAAGGGCGUAA